CGUCUCUCCUCCAAGACAGACCCGUCUUCCCUGAAAGCUUUGGACUGUGUUGGAGCGUUCUUGCAUUUCGCAACUGGAUAUCUUACCAUUUAACUGGCUUUGCAGAGGAAAGAGUGUGAAGAAAGGCACGAAAACCUUUUGGAUCUUUCCUGCUUUCCCACAGUUUUUUUUUUAUUUAUUAUUAUUGCUUCCUGUACCUUCCCUUUUCUGUGGUUUCCCGAGAGGUUGUGCCAAAUCUGGAAAUAGUGUCCCUCUCUGUCAGGGAUCAUGGAUGUAGAGUGGGCAUCCUUGGGCCCCGAGGGCUUCUACCAGGAGCCCAGCUACCCCGCUCAUGUGGCCUUCAACUACAACCAGCUCGAGGGGCGGUUCAAGCAGCUUCAAGAUGAACGAGAGGCCGUACAGAAGAAGACCUUCACCAAAUGGGUCAACUCGCACCUGGCACGUGUCUCAUGCCGGAUCACGGAUCUUUAUAUGGACCUGCGAGAUGGACGGAUGCUCAUCAAACUGCUGGAGGUGCUGUCCGGGGAGAGACUGCCCAAGCCAACAAAGGGCCGUAUGCGCAUCCACUGUCUGGAGAACGUGGACAAAGCUCUUCAGUUCCUCAAGGAACAACGUGUGCACCUGGAGAACAUGGGCUCCCAUGAUAUUGUCGACGGCAACCACCGACUCACUCUCGGACUAAUUUGGACCAUCAUCCUCCGUUUCCAGAUUCAGGACAUCAGCGUCGAGACAGAAGACAAUAAAGAGAAACGUUCGGCUAAAGAUGCGCUACUUCUGUGGUGUCAGAUGAAGACCGCGGGGUAUCCAAACGUUAACAUCCAUAACUUCUCCACCAGCUGGCGUGAUGGAAUGGCGUUCAACGCCCUCAUUCACAAACACAGACCAGACCUGAUUGAUUUCGACAAACUAAAGAAGUCCAAUGCACACUACAAUCUUCAGAACGCAUUCAACCUGGCCGAACAGCAUCUGGGUAUCACCAAACUCCUUGAUCCAGAAGAUAUCAGCGUUGACCACCCUGAUGAGAAGUCCGUCAUCACCUACGUCGUCACAUAUUACCAUUAUUUCUCCAAGAUGAAGGCCUUGAAGGUGGAAGGCAAGCGUAUUGGAAAGGUGCUCGACAACGCCAUCGAGACCGAGAAGAUGAUUGAGAAAUAUGAAUCUCUGGCGUCUGAUCUUCUAGAAUGGAUUGAACAAACCAUCAUCAUCCUCAACAAUCGCAAGUUUGCGAACUCUCUAGUGGGAGUCCAACAGCAACUUCAGGCCUUCAACACUUACCGGACAGUUGAGAAACCCCCAAAAUUUACUGAAAAGGGCAACCUGGAGGUGCUUUUGUUCACUAUCCAGAGCAAAAUGAGGGCAAAUAACCAGAAAGUGUACAUGCCAAGAGAGGGCAAACUCAUUUCAGACAUUAACAAGGCAUGGGAGCGUCUGGAGAAAGCGGAGCAUGAGCGUGAGCUGGCAUUGAGGACCGAGCUGAUUCGUCAGGAGAAGUUGGAACAACUCGCCCGGCGCUUUGACCGCAAGGCCGCCAUGAGAGAGACCUGGCUGAGCGAAAACCAGCGCCUCGUUUCCCAGGAUAACUUUGGAUUUGACCUCCAGGCGGUCGAGGCAGCUACCAAAAAACACGAAGCCAUCGAGACCGAUAUUGCGGCGUACGAGGAGCGUGUGCAGGCGGUGGUUUCUGUGGCGAGAGAACUGGAGGCUGAGAACUAUCACGACAUCAAGCGCAUCACCGCUCGUAAAGACAACGUGCUGCGACUGUGGGAGUAUCUUCUGGAGCUUCUGAAGGCUCGCAGACAGCGGCUGGAGAUGAACCUCGGACUGCAGCGCGUCUUCCAGGAGAUGCUCUACAUCAUGGACUGGAUGGAUGAAAUGAAGAUGUUACUGCUGUCUCAGGACUACGGGAAACAUUUGCUGGGAGUAGAAGAUCUGCUGCAGAAACAUGCUCUGGUGGAGGCCGACAUCGCAAUUCAGGCUGACCGCGUGCGAGCCGUCAACGCCAACGCUCAGAAGUUCGCCUUGGACGAGGAGGGCUACAAACCCUGUGACCCUCAUGUAAUCCGUGACCGCGUCUCCCACAUGGAGUUCUGCUACCAGGAACUUACACAGCUCGCAGCCGAACGCCGUGCCCAUCUCGAAGAGUCCCGUCGCCUCUGGAAGUUCUUCUGGGAGAUGGCCGAGGAAGAGGGCUGGAUUCGCGAGAAAGAGCAGAUAUUGUCUUCGGACGACUGUGGCAAGGAUUUGACGGGCGCUGUGCGGCUCCUGAGUCAACACCGUGCACUUGAGGACGAAAUGAGUGGCCGCUCUGGUCACCUCCAACACACUGUGCGUGAAGGUCAAGCCAUGGUGGACGCCGGCCACUUCGGCGAGGCCAAAAUCCGUGAACGUAUCGCAGAUGUUCAGGCUCAGUGGGCCGCUCUGGAACAGCUAGCUGCAGUGAGGAAAGCACGUUUGGAAGAAGCCUGCAAUCUUCACCAAUUCCAAGCCGAUGCGGAUGAUGUGGACGCUUGGACUUUGGAUGCUCUACGAAUUGUCUCGAGCUCUGAUGUCGGUCACGAUGAAUUUUCCACACAAGCUUUGGUCAAGAAACACAAGGAUGCUUCAGCCGAGGUCGCUAGCUAUCGACCGGUGAUCGACGCCCUUCACGAACAGGCUCAAACGCUGCCUCCCGAACAGACCCAGGCGGCAAACGUCAGUGAACGGCUGGUGGGCAUUGAAGAGCGCUAUAAGGAGGUGGCUGAGCUGACCAGGCUGAGGAAACAGGCCUUGCAGGACGCACUAGCACUGUAUAAGAUGUUCAGCGAGGCGGAUGCUUGUGAACGUUGGAUCGAUGAGAAGGAACAGUGGCUGAACAGCAUGGAGAUCCCAGAGAAACUCGAAGAUCUUGAGGUCAUUCAGCACAGAUUUGAGAGUUUGGAGCCAGAAAUGAAUAACCAAGCAUCUCGUGUGGCCGUGGUGAAUCAGAUCGCCAGGCAGCUGAUUCACAGUGGACACCCGAGCGAAAAAGACAUCAAAGCUCAACAAGACAAACUCAACACCAGAUGGAGCCAGUUUCGUGACUUGGUUGACCAAAAGAAAGAGUCACUCAACUCUGCCUUGGGUGUUCAGAACUACCACCUUGACUGUAACGAGACCAAGUCCUGGAUCCGUGAGAAGACCAAAGUUAUUGAGUCCACCCAGGAGCUGGGCAACGACCUGACGGGCGUAAUGGCCCUCCAACGCAAGCUCACCGGCAUGGAACGCGAUCUCGCCGCAAUCGAAGCCAAACUGGGCGACCUCCGUGGCGAAGCAGAGCGCUUGGCCGGCGAACAUCCCGACCAGGCCAAAGCCAUCACUGGACGUUUGGCGGAAAUCAACGCUGUUUGGGAAGAGAUGAAAGAGACGCUACAUAACCGUGAAGCGUCUCUCGGGGAAGCCAGCAAGCUCCAGCAGUUCCUCAGGGAGUUGGACGAUUUCCAGUCGUGGCUUUCUCGUACGCAAACGGCCAUCGCUUCUGAAGACAUGCCGAACACAUUAGCUGAAGCGGAAAAGCUUCUAGGGCAACAUGAGGGCAUCAAGAAUGAAAUUAACAACUAUGAAGAAGACUACCAGAAGAUGCGAGACAUGGGUGAGAUGGUGACACAGGGACAGACGGACUCUCAGUACAUGUUUCUCAGACAAAGACUUCAGGCUCUGGAUACGGGAUGGAACGAGUUACAUAAGAUGUGGGAGAACCGUCAGAAUCUCCUGUCACAAUCUCAUGCCUACCAAAUCUUCCUCAGAGACACCAAACAGGCUGAGGCAUUCCUCAACAACCAGGAGUAUGUUCUGGCUCACACCGAGAUGCCCACUACACUGGAAGGGGCCGAGGCUGCAAUUAAGAAACAGGAAGACUUCAUGACCACUAUGGACGCUAAUGAAGACAAGAUCAACGGCGUUGUGGAGGCCGGGAGGAGACUGGCCAGUGACGGAAACAUCAAUGCAGAACGCAUCCAGGAGAGAGCAGCGUCCAUCGAUGAUCGGCAUAAGAAGAACCGUGAGGCAGCUGUGGAGCUGCUCAUGAGACUGAAGGACAACAGAGACUUACAAAAGUUCCUACAGGACAAUCAAGAGCUGUCCCUGUGGAUAAACGAGAAGAUGCUGACAGCUCAGGAUAUGUCGUAUGAUGAAGCACGUAACUUACACAGCAAAUGGCUAAAACAUCAGGCUUUCAUGGCCGAACUGCAAUCCAACAAGGAGUGGCUCGACAAAAUCGAAAAGGAAUCUAAGCAGUUGGUAUCAGAGAAACCGGAGACUGAAGCCGUUGUGAAGGAGAAGUUGGCGGCACUUCAGAAGAUGUGGACCGAUCUGGAAUCAACGACUCAAACAAAAGCUCAGUGUCUGUUUGACGCCAACAAGGCUGAGCUGUUCACCCAGAGCUGUGCUGAUCUUGACAAAUGGCUGGUGGGCUUGGAAGGGCAAAUCCAAUCGGACGACUACGGCAAAGAUCUGACCAGCGUCAACAUCCUGCUCAAGAAGCAACAGAUGUUGGAGAAACAGGUGGAGGUACGUCAGAGAGAGGUGGAGGAGCUCCAGUCUCAAGCUCAUGUUCUGAGACAGGAGGGGAAGGACACGGAUGAGGUUGAUGGACGCAGGAAGGUGGUUGAGCAGAAGUUCAAGGAGCUUCUGGAUCCUCUCAUUAAGAGGAAGAACUUCCUCAUGGCGUCUCGUGAGAUCCACCAGUUCAACCGCAACGUUGAGGAUGAAAUUCUUUGGGUCGAGGAAAGAAUGCCUCUCGCUGCGUCUACUGACCAUGGCAGCAAUUUACAGACUGUUCAGCUGCUUAUUAAGAAGAACCAGACAUUGCAGAAAGAGAUUCAGGGCCACCAGCCGCGCUGUGAUGAUAUUUUUGAGCGCAGUCAGAGCAUUCUGAAGGUUGACAGCCCCAACGCGGAAGCGAUCCAAUCACGUCUGGACGACCUGCAGCAGCUAUGGACCCUGAUCAUGCAGGAGACGGAGAAACGGCACACCAGACUCGAGGAGGCCCAUAAAGCCCAGCAGUACUACUUUGAUGCCGCUGAGGCUGAAGCCUGGAUGAGCGAACAGGAGCUUUAUAUGAUGUCAGAAGAGAAGGCCAAGGAUGAACAGAGUUCAGUGGCCAUGCUGAAGAAGCAUCAGAUCUUGGAGCAGGCGGUGGAGGAUUACGCCGAGACUGUGCACCAACUGUCCAAGACAAGCCGAGGCCUUGUGGCCGAUAACCACCCAGAGAGUGAGAGGAUCGGAAUGCGUCAAUCACAAGUGGAUAAACUGUAUGCUGGACUGAAGGACUUAUCAGAGGAAAGGAGAGGCAAACUGGAGGAGAGGUUCCGCCUCUUCCAACUGAACCGGGAGGUGGAUGACCUGGAGCAGUGGAUAGCUGAGAGAGAAGUGGUCGCAGGAUCUCACGAACUGGGACAAGACUACGAACACGUCACUAUGUUGCAAGAACGUUUCCGCGAAUUUGCUCGCGACACUGGAAACAUCGGUCAGGAGCGAGUGGACGGCGUCAACCGUAUGGCUGACGAUCUCAUCAACGCUGGUCACGCUGACGCAGCGACGGUUGCUGAGUGGAAGGACGGCUUAAACGAGGCAUGGGCGGAUCUGUUGGAACUCAUCGACACGCGCACACAAAUUCUUGCCGCUUCCUUCGAACUGCACAAGUUCUACCACGAUGCUAAGGAGAUCCUAGGUCGUAUCCUGGACAAGCAUAAGAAACUUCCAGAAGAACUGGGUCGAGACCAGAACACGGUGGAGACGCUGCAGAGGAUGCACACGACCUUUGAGCACGACAUUCAGGCACUUGGAACGCAGGUAAGGCAGCUGCAGGAAGAUGCUGUGCGUUUGCAGUCAGCGUAUGCAGGAGAUAAAGCCGACGACAUCCAGCGGCGUGAGAGUGAAGUGCUGGAGGCCUGGCGCAGUCUUCUAGAAGCUUGCGAGGGCCGGCGAGCACGACUGCUUGAUACCGGAGACAAAUUCCGCUUCUUCAGUAUGGUGCGCGACCUCAUGCUCUGGAUGGAGGACGUUAUACGCCUGAUUGAGACUCAAGAGAAGCCCAGGGAUGUGUCCUCUGUGGAACUCCUCAUGAACAAUCACCAGGGUAUCAAAGCUGAAAUUGAUGCCCGUAAUGACAGUUUCACCGCCUGCAUUGAGCUGGGUAAAUCUCUCCUGGCACGGAAGCACUACGCAUCGGAGGAGAUAAAAGAAAAGUUGCUGCAGUUGACAGACAAGAGGAAAGAUAUGAUUGACAAGUGGGAGGACAGAUGGGAGUGGCUUAGACUGAUUUUGGAAGUGCACCAGUUCGGGCGUGAUGCGGGGGUGGCAGAGGCGUGGUUGUUGGGACAGGAGCCAUACCUGUCGAGCAGAGAGAUGGGACAGAGCGUAGACGAGGUGGAGAAACUGAUCAAACGACACGAAGCGUUCGAGAAAUCAGCCGCGACCUGGGAAGAACGCUUCUCGGCGCUUGAGCGACUAACUACGUUGGAGUUAUUGGAAGUGAGAAGACAGCAAGAGGAGGAAGAGAGGAAGAGGAAGCUGCUGGAGCCGGAGCCCGUGCAGGACGCAGACGCACAGCUGAGGGAAGGAGAGCAAGUCGCCCAGAACGGACUUCCAUCAGACCAGGAAUCCCCACGGGAUGUAGUUGAGGGAGAGAUGAACGGGGUGGCCGAGAGAAGCUCAAAAGAACCGAGUCCGAUCCCGUCUCCGACUGCGGACAGACGUGGAAAAGGCAGCCAGUCUGCCACACUGCCAGCUAAAGGUCAAGAGUUGCCGUCUGCGCAGCUGGAGGGAUUCCUACAUCGCAAACACGAGUGGGAGGGCCACAACAAGAAAGCAUCCAGCAGAUCCUGGCAUAACGUGUACUGUGUGAUCAAUAAUCACGAGAUGGGCUUCUACAAAGACAAUAAGAACGCCGGGCAGGGCAUCCCGUACCACAACGAGAUCCCCAUCAGCCUGAAAGAUGCCAUCUGUGAGGUUGCCAUCGACUACAAGAAGAAAAAGCAUGUUUUCAAACUCAGAGUUACUGAUGGAAACGAGUAUCUGUUCCAAGCCAAAGAUGAUGAGGAGAUGAACACAUGGAUUCAGGCCAUUCAGAACGCCGGCAGCGUCACUUCAUCCUUAGAGAAAUCAGAAAUCACGCCUAGCAACCAGAGCACUCCCGCCUCCAGCCGCGCCCACACGCUGCCGGCAACCGUCACCCUGACGACCGAGUCCAGCCCUGGCAAACGUGAGAAAGAUAAGGAGAAAGACAAAGAGAAACGCUUCAGUCUCUUCAGCAAAAAGAAGCAGUAGACGCCAGAUCCCGCGGCAACAGAAAACAUUCGAUUCGCUCAUUUCCCCCUUUGUUUCUUUUCACGUUGUCAUUUUGUUUGUGUCUGCCCACCUCCAGUGAUAUCCCAGCAUGCAAAGCUCAUGAAGACGCCACUCUCUGUGCCUGACACCCCGCGAAUUGGGUUCCAAAGUUGUACAAAAACGCAAAAAAUGUAUCCAUAAAAAAAGAGGUCGAGUGUGUCAUGUUUCUGGAAUUUUCCCGAUUCGGAUGUUCUAAGGACCAGAUGUGGGGUUUUUUAUGCUCUUAUGCUUCUAUUGUCGUUCAUUUUGAAAUGAAUCUACCAUACAAUUCCUGAAUAUUGCUGUCUCUCAUUUUUUUGUAAUUGCGAGUUACUUUUGAGGGGUCUGGAUAUUUAAAAACAAAUUUCCUCAAUUUUGUGAGGCUGUCUUGAAGACGCAACGAAUUUCAUUCUUUUUGUUGUUCGGGAACAAGACAGAGAUGCUUCGAAACAAUUCCAUUUUCCGUGUACGGAACAAUAAAAUUCCACGUUAGCGAACCAUCGCAGAAUUCCAUUUGCUGAAAUAGCUAUGCCAAGUUUUGUCGAAUUUGCCUUUUAGUGAUUAUAAGCUGAUUAAAAAGAUACUUGCUAAUAUGAAAGUAGAUUAACGUUUGCUUGAAGGCAUGGUAGUCUUGUAUAAUUUGAUCAAAAUGAAGGUGGGUCGUACCAAACGCUUUUACAAGCUGUAAUAAUGUUUGCUAUAUACAGAGGACUAGUAACCUGAAUAAUUUUACAAAAUGUUUUUCCUUUUUGUUUCUCCUUAUUUGUUUGUUAAUUGUCAUUUCUCUUGGGUUUUUAUCAUAAUAUAUGUUUCGAAUAAUUCUAGUACAGAGUAUAAAAAUGUGAUGUAUUAUAAACACUUUAAAGCAUCAAUGUUAAGUGAACAGUGCAACAUUUACUGGUAAAAGGUAAUGAUGUUACUCCAACAAAAAAGUAUAAAAAAACAAAACAAAUACGGUUACUUGCUUGUGGGCUAUAGCACUGAGCAUUAUCUUUUCUCUUUGUUUUCUCGUUUUGGCUUCAUCCCGUUCCCUCCUGCUCUUUGAUACAUAGUGCGCAUCCCUCCGUCACUGUAUCUAUUGUAAUGAAAAUUUCAUCUUCUGCACAAUCAAAAGCAACAUAAUAGGAAUGAAAUUGCAAUGUUGGGCACCCUGAGCGCGUAUAGAAGCCUCUGGCCCGACACGCACAUGUAUGAAACUGCACCUGUAGAACUUUAACCCCCCUUGCGCCCUGUUAAAUAUGUGCGUUGUCAUUAAAUGCUUAAAAACAUUA